AUGGUUGACUUCUCUGGUGUUUCUCUUGAAGGAAAAACUGCCGUCGUCACUGGUUCCUCCCGGGGCAUCGGUGCCGGUAUUGCCCUCCAGCUCGCUAAACGUGGUGCCAACGUUGUUGUCAACUAUGUCUCCGAGGACAGCCAAGAGCGCGCAGAGGAGGUUGUCAAGCAAAUUCAGAAAAUUGGAACAAAGGCAAUCCUAUGCCAAGCUAGUCUGAUUAAUAUCCUGGAUAGUCCCCGCCUUGUCGAAGCGGCCUUGCAGAUUAGUAAGGAUGGAAAGAUUGAUAUUCUUAUUCAUAAUGCAGCGCUUGGCAAUGAAGCCGACUUGAAGGAUGUUGACGUGGAAAUGUACAACUCUCACUUCGACUGCAACGUCCGCGGCCCUAUCUUUCUCACUCAGGCCGCUCUCCCUUAUCUUCCCCGGGGUGGCCGUAUUGUUUUCAUUUCAUCAGCUGCUGCCCGUCUUGGAGUUGCUGGUCAGACUGUAUAUGCAGCAACCAAGGCUGCCAAUGAAGCAUUGGUUCGCGUGUGGGCAAAAGAGCUCGGUCACUCCCACGGUAUCACUGUGAACUGCGUCAACCCUGGCCCCGUUGCUACUGGUAUUCUAGACCAAUGGUUCCAGAGUGACGAGCAGUUCCUGAAAGACAUGCAGCCUAUGAUCGAGGCUACCCCGGCUGCUCCUCGUGUGGGCGAGGUUGAAGAUAUCGCUCCCCUGGUUGCUUUCUUGUGCACUGAAGAUUCUAAGUGGACAACUGGUUCCGUUUUGUCGGCGAAUGGUGGCCUCUACAAUUAA